UCCGAGAAGGAUGCAGUCUCCUCCUCAUCCCUCGCAACCAACACAUAUCUGCACCACCAGCCUCCCACCAUCGUCCAGUCCACUUUGGCACACCACACUUCAGGCAGAGAAAGUGGGAUGGGAGGGACCUUGGAGGAUGAGGAAACCAUAAUAUUACUCCUUUGUCUUGGCCUGGCCACCUUAAUUUUCAACUUUCUCCUCAACUUUUUCAAGUCGGAGAAUAAACAAGCAAAUGUUCAAUAGAUUACUGCAAACCGUGCAAUACUAAAGUGGUGGAAGGAUGAAUUUGCUACUUUUCAUACUGCGAUGCUUCAUAGCGUCAGAUUCAAUCCGGCUUAUCAUCGCCGACACGCAGGAGCCGUUGGAGGCGAAUAGAUACGCAAAGACGCUAUAUGAUGAUUUAAUGUCGAAUUACAAUAGGUUAAUUAGACCGGUGAUAAACUUAGCGGAUACGUUGGAAGUUCGGGUUGGAUUAAGGUUAUCGCAGUUGAUUGGGGUGAACCUUAAAAAUCAAGUGAUGACGACAAAUUUGUGGGUUGAACAGGUGUGGAUUGAUCAACGAUUGACCUGGGACCCGGAAGAAUACGGAGGAGUAGAAGAGUUGCACGUCCCUUCAGAAAAUAUCUGGUUGCCGGAUAUCGUCCUCUUUAACAAUGCGGAUGGAAACUAUGAGGUCACAAUGAUGACAAAAGCCACUGUAAAAUUUAACGGAGAAGUGACAUGGGUUCCUCCUGCAAUUUACAAAUCCUACUGCGAAAUGGACGUGGAAUGGUUUCCCUUCGAUGAGCAAAAUUGCCCCAUGAAGAUUGGAUCAUGGACCUAUCAUGGUUUACAAGUCAACUUGAAACACGUCGAUCAGACCGACGGAGCCAACUACGUCGCGAAUGGCAUCGACUUGAAGGAAUUCUACAUGUCCGUCGAAUGGGAUGUGUUGGGCGUUCCUGCCACCCGAAAUGAAGAGUACUACCCAUGCUGCGAAGAACCCUAUAUCGAUGUCUCCUUCACGCUCAUGCUCCGCCGCAAAACUCUUUUCUACACGGUCAACUUAAUCAUUCCCGUUUUGGGGAUUUCCUUCCUGACCGUGCUCGUGUUUUAUUUGCCAUCCGAUUGUGGGGAGAAAGUCUCUCUCACGGUGAACAUUCUCGUCUCGCUGACCGUGUUUUUCCUCCUCCUCGCUGAAAUCAUCCCACCGACCUCGCUGGCUGUCCCGCUCUUGGGAAAGUAUCUCCUCUUUACAAUGUCACUCGUGACGUUGUCCAUUUUUGUGACGGUGGGCGUUCUCAACAUCCACUUUCGCUCACCGUCAACCCAUAAAAUGCCAAAAUGGGUGAAAGUCGUGUUUCUCGAAUUUAUGCCGGCAUUGCUUUGCAUAAGGAGGCCAGAAUAUAGGGUGCAGUACGAUUAUGUGACGAAUAAUAGUAGAAAGAGGAGUUGUGGGAGUGGUAGCAGACCGGACGGGUGUCCGUAUUACGACAUGAGCCCAAGAACAGAUUGCUCAAGCAUGGACCAUUCCUCAAGCCCUCGAGCUACUUAUUGUGAAAAUACCAGCAAUGGUAACUCCCGACCCAACUACUCGCCCGAGGUGCUGGCCGCAUUCGAGUCCGUGCAACUGGUGGCGGAACAUAUAAAAAAUGCCGACAAGGACAGAGAGGUCGUGGAAGACUGGAAAUACGUGGCGAUGGUCUUUGACAGAUUUUUCCUCUAUGUUUUCACUAUCGCGUGUGUUUCUGGAGCUUGUAUUAUUCUUCUGCAAGCCCCUUCCCUGUACGACUCCAGGGUUCCUCUGGAUCUAAAUCAGCUUCAAGGGAUGGGAAAAGUCAAGCUGACUCCACAACCAGCUGCAGAAUCCAAGUAACAACUAAUCAGAAGAAGAAGAAGAGUGAAUGCUGAGGGACAUAAAUUCUAGGAAAUUUUCGUAUACUUAAAUAAGUACUGAGAAUUGAUGGAUGGAAGGAUUACUUGCAUUUUCUUACUUCUGAUGAGAACAGCAAUAAAUUCUUGCAGAAAAUUCGUCGCCAAAAAGAUAAGAAAUUUGGCGGAAAGGUUUAUUUAAGCAAUCAAUUAAAACACAAAUACAUACUUGUAAAUAUCCAAAUUGAUUGAAGUUUUGAUGAUUCUAAUUAUCGUAUUAAUGGAACAAGAGUUUUAUUUAUCUCAUUUUUUCAUGUUACAGAUAUUUCACUAGUGUUAACUAAUGUCUUUCCAUCAGGAGAGACAUUAGUCCAGCAAAACUCCAAAGUAGGCCUCGUGGUGGUGGCGGUGUUAUUGCACAGUGUGCCAUGGACCCAAAAAAACGCAAAAAUUAUUUUAAGGUCCAAAACCCUCCCACGGGGGUAGGAAAGCAUACAAAUUUUGUCCAUUUUGAUUUUCGAAGGGGGUGUGGUCAGGAGCGGGUUUUUAUGGAAUUUCAAAAAAAGUCUCAAAUUCCCACUAAAACCACACGUUUCAAGAGAUUCUAAGACUUUGUCUCACUUUCCCCCAUGGCGGGAUAAUUUUUUGGGGUACCAUGAGACCUCUAGUGUCUAGCUAGGAUAGCUAGCUAGGACUGCUAGCUAGGAUUGCUAGCUAGGACUGCUAGCUAGGAUUGCUAGCUAGGACUGCUAGCUAGGAUUGCUAGCUAGGAGUGCUAGCUAGGACUGCUAGCAAGGAGGGCUAUCUACGCUUUCCCCGUACCUAUUAACCUAACCUGCUCGCUUCGCUCGCUUAAAUACGAACACUAGCCCAAUAUGGGGCAUAAUUACGAUAAUAGUUGACACACUUUACCGCAAAAAUUUCACGUGCCCCUAAGUUUUACAAUUUUCAGAAAAAUGAUUGACUUUCGAUACUCUACAACAAAAACAAGAAAUCUCACGUUACCCCAAAAAAUUUCCCGCCAUGGAGGAAAGUCUUAGAAUCCUCUGAAACUUCUAAAAAUACAAUAAAAAUGUUUGACCUUUGACCUUAAUAUACAUUUGCCGGUCAAAAAAUUUACAUAUUCUUGAUCAGCAUGAAAAGCCCUUCAAUUUGGUGUAUCACAUUCCCCCAUCGGAGAGGAGUCCUUUUGCUUGUUUUAUACCUGUAGUUUUUAAAUUGAGAAAUGUAUGUGUUUUUGUAUGUAUGUGGUGUGACUUUGUGUAACUUGCGAUGGUGAUGACCGUAAUUGUGUAAAUGAACGGCGACGUGGUCACAAAAUUUGGUUACUUUGCGGUGUCAUUUAUUAUUACACAAAAGCCAAUUACAAAUUUAGAGUGUAGAGGACGAGGGGAAAAAUCGUGUGUUGUUAUCUUGAGAGCUGGAGUGACAUUGUUUAAUUUUCACAAUUGUGCACAAAUAUCACGCAAAAAAACGACGCUAACUUUACAAAAGCACUUCCUCCUCUCCUCCUCUCGACCAAUCACAAAAGAACACCUUGAAAUUAAUUUAAUUUAAAGAGGAGGAGAGGAGAGGUCAAAACUUUAGAAAAAUACAAAUUGUAAAAGAUAAAAAUGGGCAACAAACUCAAUUAACUCGAGUCUCACUGGAGCCCGUUCAAAUUUCCCUACGGGAACCAGUCUCAAAUCACAUACAAAAAAUUAUAUUCAUCAUGUCAUGCAAAUUUCCAUUAUCAUUAAGAGUUCAUAUAUUUGUUUAAAAAUGAUUAUUAUAAUCUCGACGACAAUACCACCUUUUGUUCGCGGCGGUCUCGAAAAAUUGAAUUUCUAGAAAUUUUUUAAAUUUUGUAUAAAAAUUACUUUUUUGCCCAGAUUUUCAUGAAAAUGAGUUUCUAAACUAAUUAAAGUAUGCUGAACAAGUAUAUAAAACAAUUUUUGAACAAAAUUCAAAAAUAAAUAAAUUUUUGAAAUUGUGUAGACAAAUUACUCUUGAACGUUUCAGAGAAUUCCAAGACUUUGUGUCACUUUCCUAUAAGGUAGGGAUUUUUGGGGUAAAAUCAGAUUUUGGGGGAAGAUGAGAUUUCUAGUUUCCAGCUAUCCUAAAUACUAAUAGCCCCGUGUUGUCUGUGUGUAUGUAUGUAUGUAUGUAUGUAUGUGUGCUUUUUUGAACUGGGCGCUUCACUCAAUGACAGUCUAACGUUACCCAUGAAUCCACAUUAUCAAUACAUAAUAACAUUGACUUGGCAUGACAGAUAACCCGCAUACCCAGCUGAAUUUCGCCACGUAUCCUGUGACCUGGGCACACCCCCUGAUUGACGCCACGUGUCCUGUGACCUGGGCACACCCCCUGUAUUACGCCACGUGUCCUGUGACCUAGGCACACCCCCUGUAUUACGCCACGUGUCCUGAAAUUUACGUGACUAAGUCUGCAUUUUAAAUGUUGUCUAUGUAUUUCGCUGGCCGGGAUUCGUUGGCUGACCACACAUGCUAAGGUUUGAAAUUGCCGCUUCGUGUGAGUAGUCUCAUAGCCCCGGCUCUUAAAUUUAACAUUUCUGUCUAUGUGUGACUAUUUUAAUAUAAGAUGAGCAAUGUGUUUGGCUUGAUGAAAUAAAAAUAAGUUUUAAUGCUAUUAAUA